GCACAUGCACUAGCCACUAAUUGUCAGCGAAUUUGGUGUUGUAAGUUAAAAUAUUUUCAUUAAAAUAUUAAAUCAACUAUUUUUUUUAUUCUACUCAAACAAAUUCAAUUCGACAAUUACCAAGAUGAUGUCCCAAAGUGGUGCUCCGAUUUUAGUAUUAAAUGCCAACACAAAAAGAAAGUUUGGACACAAAGUCCAAUUGGAGAACAUUGCUGCAGGCAAAGCAAUUGCUGAUGUUGUACGUACAUGUAUUGGACCCAGAGCUAUGCUUAAAAUGCUGAUGGACCCAAUGGGUGGAAUUGUGAUGACGAACGAUGGAAAUGCUAUUUUACGAGAAAUUACAGUUCAACAUCCUGCUGCUAAAUCAUUUAUUGARAUUGCUCGGACCCAGGAUGAAGAAGUUGGGGAUGGUACAACAUCAGUUGUAGUACUCGCUGGUGAAAUUCUUGGURUUGCAGAACAAUUUUUAGAACAAAAACUUCAUCCUACUGUUAUAAUUAGAGCUUAUCGUCAAGCUUUAGAAGACAUGCUGGAUUUYUUGGAUAAGGAAUAUAGUAUACCAUUAUCUUUGGACGACGAGCCUAAGUUAAUUGAAGUGAUUAAAUAUUGUGUUGGAACCAAGUUCAUUGGUCGYUGGUCAGAUUUGGCGUGUAGUAUUGCUUUAAAUGCUGUUAAGACAGUUAGUAUAAGAGAUGAAGGUCGUACUGAAAUYGAUAUAAAGAGGUAUGCAAAGGUUGAAAAAGUACCGGGUGGAGCUAUUGAAGAUUCUCAGGUAUUAAAUKGCAUUAUGUUGAACAAAGAUGUGACACAUCCAAAAAUGAGAAGGUUUAUAAAAAAUCCCAGAAUUAUUCUUUUGGAUUGUUCUCUGGAAUUCAAAAAAGGAGAAAGCCAAACAGAAGUCGAAAUUAUCAAAGAAACUGACUUUACACGGUUAUUGCAGAUUGAAGAAGAAUAUAUACAACAAAUAUGUUCCGAUAUUAUAGCUCUAAAACCAGACUUGGUUUGUACAGAAAAGGGAGUUUCCGAUUUGGCACAGCAUUUCUUGUUAAAAGCUAACAUAUCAGUGUUGAGGCGUUUAAGAAAAUCUGACAAUAAUCGUGUUGCAAGAGCUUGUAAUGCCACUAUUGUUACACGCACAGAUGAAUUACAGGAGAGCCAUGUUGGAACUGGAGCUGGUCAAUUUGAAAUUAAAAARAUAGGUGAUGAAUAUUUUACUUUCAUCACUGAAUGUGUUAAUCCAAAGGCUUGCACUAUUUUGCUUAGGGGACCAAGCAAGGAUAUAUUGAAUGAAGUUGAACGGAAUUUACAAGACGCUUUGCAUGUAGCCAAAAAUAUUAUGUUAAACCCGAAACUAGUAUCAGGCGGUGGCUCUAUAGAAAUGGCUAUAUCACAAUCAUUAGUUAAAAAAAGUGCUGAAAUAGCUGGUGUUACUCAAUGGCCAUACAAAGCUGUUGCACAGGCAUUGGAAGUUAUUCCCCGUACACUUUUGCAAAACUGUGGCGUUAGUACAAUAAGAACAAUGACGUCUUUAAGAGCUAAACAUGCAGUAAGUGGUAAUGCGAGUUGGGGAAUAAAUGGUGAGACUGGUGAAAUGGCUGAUAUGAAAGACCUAAAGGUUUGGGAACCAAUUGUUGUGAAGUCACAAGUGUACAAAACUGCUAUUGAAACUGCUAUAUUGUUGGUGCGCAUUGAUGAUAUUGUGUCAGGUACAAAGAAGAAGGGCGAUGAUGGACAGCCAAAAGCAUCUACUCAACCUACUGAAGAAUCCAUGAAAGAAUGAUUUUUAAAUUACUUAUAGUUCUUUAUUAUAAUUAUUAUUACUCACAAAUUCCUAAAAUAUAAUCUAAAUAAACACUAUUAAUAUUAUUAAUAUUUUGAUGUCAAGUUUUUUGCCAAGUUUAACAAAUUCUGCUAUUAAACUUUUUUUUACUUAAUAAAAAUAAAUUUUACUA